AUGCUCAUAAUCUGUUACACUGAUAAUUCUUCUUAUAAUGAUGUUCUUUAUUUUUACACUCAAAUUCAAGACUGUUCUUUGAAAUCCCUCUCCUUAAAAAUGUUAAAUAAUGACAGUCUCUUUGUUUCUUUGAAGUCUUCCUUUAGAAUUUAUUUUCAAUUUGUUAUUUAUAUUUUUCUCUUUCUUUUUCAGUUAUUUUCUCAUUUUUAUUUUCAAAACCUAUUAAAUCUUUCAUCUCUUCCUUUUUUACCAUCUCUCUUUUAUUCAUUUUUCUUUGAAGUUUUUCUUUCUUUCAUUUAUUUUCACUUUAUAUCUUCUUUUUUCUUCCUUUUAACAUUUCACUCUAAUAUUUUUCUUUAUUUCUUUGCCUAUUUGUUUCUUUCUUUGAAGUCCUUUUUCUUUUAUUUUCUAUUUAUUAUUUAUAUUUUAUUUUUAGUCUUUUAUUUACUAUUAUUCCUCAUGCUUAACUUCUCUUUUUUUCUUUUAUUUUCUAUUUAUUAUUUAUAUUUUAUUUUUAGUCUUUUAUUCACCAUUCUUACUCAUUCAUACCAUCUCUUUUUUUCUAUUUAUCUUUGA